CUCCAGCCAUGGGCCUUUGGGGCAUAGUUGUUUUUUUAAUCUUCUUGGAUAAAAGUUGGGGACAGGAACAAACAUAUGUCAUUUCAGCACCAAAAAUGUUCCGUGUUGGAGCAUCUGAAAAUGUUGUAAUUCAAGUUUAUGGAUACACCGAAGCAUUUGAUGCAACAAUCUCUCUUAAAAGUUAUCCUGAUAAAAAAUUUAGUUACUCUUCAAGCUAUGUUACUUUAUCCACAGAAAAUAAAUUCCAAAACUCUGCAAUCUUAACAAUACAACCCAAACAUUUGUCUGGAGGACAGAACCCAGUAUCACAUGUGUAUUUGGAAGUUGUAUCAAAGCAUUUUUCAAGAUCGAAAAAAGUGCCAAUAACCUAUGAAAAUGGAUUUCUCUUCAUUCAUACAGACAAACCUGUUUACACUCCGCAACAGUCAGUGAAGGUUAGAGUUUAUUCACUGAAUGAUGACUUGAAGCCAGCCAAAAGAGAAACUGUCUUAACUUACAUAGAUCCUGAAGGAUCAGAAGUGGACAUGGUGGAAGAAAAUGAUUAUACUGGAAUCAUCUCUUUUCCCGACUUCAAGAUUCCGUCCAACCCUAAGUAUGGCGUGUGGACAAUCCAAGCUAAAUAUAAAGAGGACUUUUCAACAACUGCAACUGCAUAUUUUGAAAUUAAAGAAUAUGUGUUGCCACAUUUUUCUGUCUCAAUAGAACCAGAAAAGAGUUUCAUUGGCUAUAAGGACUUUAAUGAUUUUGAAAUUACUAUAAAAGCAAGAUAUUUUUAUAAUAAAGUCGUCACCGAGGCUGAUGUUUAUAUCACUUUUGGAAUAAAAGAAGACUUAAAAGAUGAUCAAAAAGAAAUGAUGCAAAAAGCCUUGCAAAGCACAACGUUGAUAAAUGGAGUUGCGCACGUCACAUUUAAUUCUGAGAUUUCAACUAAGGAACUGUUGUAUGAAAGUCUGGAAGAUUUAAACAACAAGUACCUUUAUAUUGGUGUAACGGUCAUAGAGUCUGCAGGUGGAUUUUCUGAAGAGGCAGAAAUUCCUGGCAUCAAAUAUGUCCUCUCUCCCUACAAACUGAAUUUGGUUGCUACUUCUCUUUUCGUGAAGCCUGGGAUUCCAUAUUCUAUCAAGGUGCAGGUUAAGGAUUCAUUUGACCAAUUGGUAGGAGGGGUUCCGGUGACCCUGAGCACACAAACGGUCGAUGUAAACGAAGAGAUGUCUGACUUGGAGUUGAAGAACAGUGUAACACAUUCCAAUGAUGGCGUAGCCUCGUUUGUGGUUAAUCUUCCAUCUGGAGCAAGGAUGCUGAAGUUUAAUGUCAAGACUGAAGACCCAGAUCUUCCAGAAGAAAAUCAGGCCAGCAAAGAUUAUGAAGCAAUAGCAUAUUCAUCUCUCAGCCAAAGUUACCUUUAUAUUGACUGGACUGGAAACUAUAAACCUAUGUUUGUGGGAGAAUAUCUGAAUAUUAUUGUUACUCCCAGAAGUCCAUAUAUUAGCAAAAUAACUCACUAUAAUUACUUGAUUUUAUCUAAGGGCAAAAUUGUUCACUUUGGCACAAGAGAGCGAUUUCCAGAUUCAACCUAUCAAAAUGUAAACAUUCCAGUGACACAGGACAUGGUUCCUUCAGCCCGUCUCCUGGUCUAUUACAUCGUCACAGGGGAGCAGACGGCAGAGUUAGUGUCCGACUCAGUCUGGUUAAAUAUCGAGGAAAAGUGUGGCAAUCAGCUCCAGAUUCAUCUGUCUCCAGGUACAGAUGCACCGUAUUCUCCCGCCCAACCUGUAUCCCUUAAUAUGGCAACUGAGUCGAAUUCCUGGGUGGCUUUAUCAGCAGUGGACAGUGCUAUAUAUGGAGUCCAAAGAAGAGCCAAGAAACCUCUGGAAAGAGUAUUUCAAGUCUUAGAGACGAGCGACCUGGGCUGUGGGGCAGGUGGUGGCCUCAACAACGCAGACGUCUUCCAUCAGGCUGGACUCCUCUUUCUCACCAACGCAAACGCAGAUGACACCCAAGAAGAAGAUAAGCCUUGUAAAGACAUUCUCAGGCCAAAGAGAAUGCUGCAAAAGAAAAUAGAGGAAGAAGCCGCUAAAUACAAACAAACAAUUUUGAAGAAGUGUUGCUAUGACGGAGCCCACCGUAAGGACUUCGAGGACUGUGACCAGCGUGCCGCCCGCAUCACGGUAGGCCCCAGAUGUGUCAAGAUCUUCAAGGAAUGCUGUGCCAUCGCCCACCAGCACCGCUCUAAGAUGUCUCUUAAAGAGAUCCAGCUGGGACGGCAACAUAUAAGGGCCCUGUUACCAGUGAGCAAGCCAGAAAUACGGAGCUAUUUUCCAGAAAGCUGGUUAUGGGAAGUUCAUCAUGUCCCUAGAAGAAGCCAAUUGCAGUUUGUGCUACCCGAUUCUCUAACCACCUGGGAAAUUCAAGGCGUUGGCAUUUCAGAUAGUGGUAUAUGUGUUGCUGAUACUCUGAAGGCACAGGUGUUCAAAGAUGUCUUCCUGGAAAUGAAUAUACCAUAUUCUGUUGUACGAGGGGAGCAGAUCCAAUUGAAAGGAACUGUUUACAACUAUAGAAUGUCUGGUAUGCGGUUCUGUGUUAAGAUGUCUGCCGCAGAGGGAAUCUGUACAUCAGGAAGCCAAGCCAUUGCCAACCGGGGCACGAAUCCCUCCAAAUGUCUGUUACAGAGAGUAGAAGGUUCCUCCAGUCAUUUGGUGACCUUCAGCGUGCUUCCUCUGGAAAUUGGCCUCCACAACAUCAACUUUUCACUGGAGACGUCACUUGGACAAGAAAUCUUAGUAAAAACAUUACGAGUUGUGCCAGAAGGUGUCAAAAAGGAAAGUUAUGCUGGUGUUACUCUGGACCCAAGGGGUAUUUAUGGUGUCAUUAGCAGACGAAAAGAGUUCCCAUUCAGGAUACCAUUAGAUUUGGUCCCCAAAACAAAAGUCAAAAGGAUUGUGAGUGUCAAAGGAUUGCUCAUAGGGGAGGUCAUGUCUACAGUUCUGAGUCAGGAAGGCAUUGACAUCCUCACCCACCUCCCCAAGGGGAACGCAGAAGCAGAGCUGAUGAGCAUUGUCCCAGUAUUCUACGUUUUUCACUACCUGGAAGCAGGAAAAAACUGGAACAUUUUUCCUUCUAAUGCAUUUGCUCAAAAAGAGAAACUGAAGAAAAAAUUGAAAGAAGGGAUGGUGAGCAUCAUGUCCUACAGAAAUGCUGACUAUUCGUACAGCAUGUGGAAGGGUGGCAGCGCCAGCACCUGGUUAACAGCUUUUGCUUUAAGAGUACUUGGACAAUUAAAUAAGUACAUAGAACAGAACCAAAAUUCAAUUUGUAAUACUUUAUUGUGGCUGAUAGAGAAUUGUCAACUAGAAAAUGGAUCUUUCAAGGAGAAAUCGGACUAUCAACCAAUAAAAUUGCAGGGUACCUUGCCUGUUGAAGCCCGGGAGAAAGCCUUGUAUCUGACAGCCUUUGCCGUGAUUGGAAUUAGGAAGUCUUUUGAUAUGUGCCCUCUCAUGAAAAUCAACGCGGCUCUAACUAAAGCUGAAACCUUUCUACUUGAAAACACCCUCUCAGCCCAGAGCACCUUUACACUGGCCAUUGGUGCUUACGCUCUUUCCAUGGGAGAUAGAACCCACCCACAGUUCCGUUCAAUUGUCUUAGCCCUGAAGAAGAAAGCUUUGGUUAAAGGUGAUCCAGUCAUUUAUCGUUUUUGGAAAGAUGAUCUUCAGCAGCAAGGCGGGUCCACACCUAACCCCAGUACGGCUCACAUGGUAGAAACCACUUCCUACGCUUUACUCGCCAGUCUGAACCUGAAAGACAUCAACUAUGUGAACCCAAUCAUCAAAUGGCUAUCUGAAGAGCAGAGGUAUGGAGGCGGCUUUUAUUCAACCCAGGACACAAUUAAUGCCAUCGAGGGCCUGACAGAAUAUUCACUCCUGAUUAGACAACUCCACUUGAACAUGGACAUCAAUGUUUCUUACAAGAAUAAAGGUGACUUCUACCAUUAUAAGAUGACAGAGAAGAAUUUCCUUGGGAAGCCGAUAGAGGUGCCUCUCAAUGAUGACCUCGUCGUCAGUACUGGGUACAGCAAUGGCUUGGCUACAGUGCACGUAACAACUGUGGUUCAAAAAACCAGUACUUCUGAGGAUGUUUGCAGCUUUCAUUUGAAAAUUGAAGCCCAAGACUUAGAAGGUACCUUACUCUCAUCCUCAGAAUCUUGUCCACUUAUUUAUUGCAUUUCCUAAUCUCUAAUUUAUUUUAGCUACAAGCCCAGCAAAGAAGAAUCGUCAUCGGGAUCUUCCCAUGCGGUGAUGGAUAUCGCUUUGCCUACUGGAAUCGGUGCAAACCAGGAGGACUUAAGAGCUCUUGUGGAAGGGGUAGACCAGCUAUUAACUGAUUACCAAAUCAAAGAUGGACAUAUUAUUCUGCAACUGAAUUCGAUUCCUUCUGAUGAGUUCCUUUGUGUUCGAUUCCGGAUAUUUGAGCUGUUUCAAGUUGGGUUUCUGAAUCCUGCUACUUUCACAGUGUAUGAAUACCACAGACCAGAUAAGCAAUGCACCAUGUUUUACAACCCAUUCGAUGCCAAACUUCAGAAAGUCUGUGAAGGAGUAACAUGCAAGUGCCUAGAAGCUGACUGUGGACAGAUGCAGACAGAAUUGGAUCUGACAAUCUCUGCAGAUACUAGAAAAGAAACAGCAUGUAAGCCGGACAUUGCCUACGCCUUUAAAGUUCGUAUCACAUCCAUCACCAACGAAAAUGUCUUUGUUAAGUACACUGCAACCCUCCUGGAUAUCUACAUAACUGGUGAAGCUGUUGCCCAGAAAGACUCUGAAAUCACCUUCAUUAAAAAGGCGACAUGUGCUAACGCUGACCUGGAACAAGGAGGACAAUAUUUGAUUAUGGGUAAAGAAGCCCUCCAGAUAAAACACAACUUCAGUUUCAAGUACAUCUACCCUUUGGAUUCAUCCGCCUGGAUUGAGUAUUGGCCUACAAACGCAACGUGUCCAUCGUGCCAGGCGUUCUUAGCCAAUUUAGAUGAGUUCGCUGAAGACAUCUUUCUAAAUGGCUGCGAAAACCCCUGAAGGAGGUCAACCAUGGAGCGUUUUCACUGUGGACUCCCGUCGUGCAAGUGUCUUCCUUUUCCUCUUUGUUUUUUAUUAAACAUUCACAGCUGGUCUUAUUUGGAAAGCUCACUUUACUUAGAAUUAGUGGCACUUUGCUUUCAGUAGAGAAUGAUUUUAAGAGCUGUAACUUCCUGAAAUAACAUGGCCUUGGGGGGCAUGGAGACAGACACCCGUUCCAGGGUUAUCGGACACCAGAAACAAUAAAACUUGGACUGCCUCCUAAAACCUACUGCUCAGGAAUGUCUGCCAGGGACCAAAGAAUAGCCCCCACUGAAAUGUAGUAUCUUACAAUAACAUGGCCUUUGCUUGAAAGAAAAUACCGAGGAGCAGAGAGCUGGUCAUUAAAACCCGACUUUGCUUUGAAAA